UCCUUUUUUUUUUUUUUUUUUUUUUUUUUAUGUGAAAAGGUUUUUCAAGUUUUAAAAGUCUACUGGUAGGAUUCGUUAUCCAUAGACUAUGCUUUAGCCAGAGGGUUUUAAAUCUCCCCUGAACACUCUGUUUGGGGAGACAACAAUCUUCCAAAUGGGUAUCUGCAACUCCAAACCUCCCCCAAAUCCCAACUCUCCUGAAUCUGACCAUAACCCGGGAAACAACAUUCCCAUACGCGCUCGGGAUGGCGUCAAGAACAGCCCUCUUCCCGUCAAGGAUAGCCCUAAGCCUCCAUCCAGCUCCGUCAAUGGUGAGAACCUUGGAAGUAGAGAUCAAGCCAAAGAGAACACCAGCAAUAAAGAAAACGUCACCAACAAUGAAGGCAAGAAAUCGCCAUUUUUCUCCUUCUACAGUCCGAGUCCAGCUCACUACUUCUUCUCUAAGAAGUCUCCGGCGAGAUCCCCCUCGAAUGCCAGCUCCAAUUCGACUCCUAAGCGCUUCUUCAAGCGGCCCUUCCCGCCUCCUUCGCCGGCUAAGCACAUACGCUCGGUGCUCGCUCGCCGCCACGGUUCGGUGAAGCCGAAUGGAGCGGCGAUCCCCGAAGGUAGCGAGGCGGAGGUGUGUGCGGGGUUGGAUAAAAGCUUCGGGUUCUCGAAGCAUUUCGCUACCAAGUACGAGCUAGGGGAGGAGGUCGGAAGAGGACAUUUCGGAUACACUUGUGCAGCCAAGUUUAAGAAGGGCGAGCUCAAGGGGCAACAAGUUGCUGUCAAGGUUAUACCCAAGUCGAAGAUGACCACACCCAUAGCCAUUGAGGAUGUGAGACGGGAGGUAAAAAUAUUGAGAGCUCUGACUGGGCAUAACAAUCUUGUGAAGUUCUACGAUGCAUAUGAGGACCAUGAUAAUGUCUACAUAGUAAUGGAGUUAUGUGAAGGAGGAGAGCUCUUGGAUAGAAUACUUUCAAGGGGUGGAAAGUAUACAGAAGAUGAUGCGAAGGUUGUCAUGAUACAAAUACUUAAUGUUGUUGCAUUUUGCCACCUCCAAGGUGUGGUACACCGGGAUCUUAAACCUGAGAAUUUUCUGUUUACAUCGAAGGAUGAGAACUCACAAUUGAAGGCGAUAGAUUUUGGCUUGUCAGAUUUUGUGAAGCCAGAUGAAAGGCUCAAUGACAUCGUUGGUAGUGCAUAUUAUGUGGCGCCUGAGGUUUUACAUAGAUGUUACAGCACGGAGGCUGAUGUCUGGAGUAUAGGUGUUAUCGCAUAUAUUUUGUUGUGUGGUAGUCGUCCAUUUUGGGCUCGAACAGAGUCUGGGAUUUUUAGGGCUGUUUUAAAGGCAGAACCAAGUUUUGAUGAAGCACCCUGGCCUUCUUUAUCAUCAGAGGCAAGAGACUUCGUUAAGCGGCUCCUAAAUAAAGACCCGCGGAAAAGAAUGACUGCUGCUCAAGCCCUAAGUCAUCCAUGGUUGAAAAAUUCCAACGAUUUAAAAGUGCCUCUUGAUAUACUAAUAUUCAAAUUGAUGAAGGCUUAUAUGCGUUCAUCAUCUCUUCGUAAAGCUGCUUUAAGGGCACUAUCUAAAACAUUAACAAUAGACGAGCUAUACUAUUUGAAGGAGCAGUUUGCACUGUUGGAACCUAGCAAAAAUGGGACUAUAAACUUAGAGAAUAUCAAAAGAGCCUUGAUGAAGAAUGCAACAGACGCAAUGAAAGAGUCACGCAUCCCUGAUUUUCUAGCAUUGCUUAAUUCACUUCAAUAUAGAAGAAUGGAUUUUGAGGAAUUCUGUGCUGCUACAGUAAGUGUCCAUCAGCUAGAGGCACUAGAUCGAUGGGAACAACAUGCUCGUUGUGCCUAUGAACUUUUCGAGAAGGAUGGAAAUAGGGCUAUUGUCAUUGAGGAAUUGGCUUCGGAACUUGGCCUUGGCCCUUCGGUCCCUGUUCAUGCUGUUCUUCAUGAUUGGAUCAGGCACACUGAUGGAAAACUAAGUUUUCUUGGAUUUGUCAAAUUGUUGCAUGGUGUCUCUAGCCGUGCACUUAAAGCUUAAUAGAAGUUCUAAAGCCAACACUGGAACUCUCAGAACUUCUUCCCAAGGCUGUUUUGGCCAAUAAAAAAGUUAGCAGGCGCGAGGCCUCCAGCUAAUACGAGGGGAUUUUGCCAUCUGUAUCAUAGACGAGGCACGAUUUGGUUGGAACAAGUUGGUUAACACGGUUGAAGUGCUCAGCUAUUAUAUUGUUCUUCCCUGUAAAGAUGUAGUUAAGUGUGUUUAGUUGCAGGUGAGAAUAUUAUCUGACUGUUAUCAGAAAAUUGAUGUCCUGACAUAUGAAAUUGGCUUCACAAAUCCACAACUCCAUUGUAUCACCCUCAUUGCUCUAUACUUUAAUCAAAUUAGUUAUUCCCAAAAGCUGUCUUUGGCCC